GGCGCGCCGCCCGGCCGGCCGGGCGCACAGGCGGCCGCGAUGAGGGUCAACGAGAAGUACUCGACGCUCCCGGCCGAGGACCGCAGCGUCCACAUCAUCAACAUCUGCGCCAUUGAGGACAUCGGCUACCUGCCGUCCGAGGGCACGCUGCUGAACUCGCUGUCCGUGGACCCCGACGCCGAGUGCAAGCACGGCCUUUACUUCCGGGACGGCAGACGCAAGGUGGACUACAUCCUGGUGUACCACCCCAAGAGGCCCUCGGGCAGCAGGACCCUGGCCAGGAGGGUGCAGCACGGCGACGCGGCCCCCGCAGCCCGCGGCACCAGGCAGGACCAGCCGCUGCCGGGCAAGGGGGACGUGGGGGCGGCGGGGGGGCCCGAGCCCCCGAUGGACUACCAUGAGGACGACAAGCGUUUCCGCAGGGAGGAGUACGAGGGGAACCUCCUGGAGGCCGGCCUGGAGCUGGAGCGGGACGAGGAGACUAAAAUUCACGGGGUUGGAUUUGUAAAAAUCCACGCGCCCUGGAACGUGCUGUGCAGAGAAGCCGAGUUUUUGAAACUGAAGAUGCCGACGAAGAAGCUGUAUCACAUUAACGAGACCCGUGGCCUCCUGAAAAAGAUCAACUCCGUGCUCCAGAAGAUCACGGACCCCAUCCAGCCCAAGGUGGCAGGGCACAGACCCCAGACCACAAAGAGACUGUCCUACCCCUUCUCCCGGGAGAAGCAGCACCUAUUUGACCUGUCUGACAAGGAUUCCUUUUUCGACAGCAAAACCCGAAGCACGAUAGUCUAUGAAAUCCUGAAAAGAACGACGUGUACCAAGGCCAAGUACAGCAUGGGUAUCACCAGCCUGCUGGCCAAUGGCGUUUACUCGGCCGCCUACCCCCUGCACGAUGGAGACUACGAAGGUGAAAACGUGGAGUUCAACGACAGAAAACUCCUGUACCAAGAGUGGGCGAGUUACGGGGUUUUCUACAAGUACCAGCCCAUCGACCUGGUCAGGAAGUACUUUGGGGAGAAGAUCGGCCUGUACUUUGCCUGGCUGGGCGUGUACACCCAGAUGCUCAUCCCCGCGUCCGUGGUGGGGAUCAUCGUCUUCCUGUACGGAUGUGCCACCGUCGACGAGAACAUCCCCAGCAUGGAGAUGUGUGACCAGAGACACAACAUCACCAUGUGCCCGCUGUGCGACAAGACCUGCAGCUACUGGAAGAUGAGCUCGGCGUGCGCCACGGCCCGGGCCAGCCACCUCUUCGACAACCCCGCCACCGUGUUCUUCUCCGUCUUCAUGGCCCUCUGGGCCGCCACCUUCAUGGAGCACUGGAAGCGGAAACAGAUGCGGCUCAAUUACCGCUGGGACCUCACCGGCUUCGAGGAAGAGGAGGACCAUCCCAGAGCCGAAUAUGAAGCCAGAGUUUUGGAGAAGUCACUUAGGAAAGAAACCAAAAGCAAAGAGAAGCGCCGGCAUAUUCCAGAGGAGUCAACAAACAAAUGGAAGCAGAGGGUUAAGACAGCCAUGGCGGGGGUGAAAUUGACAGACAAGGUGAAGCUGACCUGGAGAGAUCGGUUCCCAGCCUACGUCACCAACUUGGUCUCCAUUGUCUUCAUGAUUGCCGUGACCUUCGCCAUCGUCCUGGGAGUCAUCAUCUACAGGAUCUCCACCGCAGCCGCCUUAGCCAUGAACUCCUCCCCGUCCGUGCGGUCCAACAUCCGGGUCACGGUCACGGCCACCGCGGUCAUCAUCAACCUAGUGGUCAUCAUCCUCCUGGACGAGGUCUACGGCUGCAUAGCCAGGUGGCUCACCAAGAUUGAAGUCCCAAAGACAGAGAAGAGCUUCGAGGAGAGGCUGAUCUUCAAGGCUUUCCUGCUGAAGUUCGUGAAUUCCUACACCCCCAUCUUUUACGUGGCUUUCUUCAAAGGCAGGUUUGUCGGCCGCCCGGGUGACUACGUGUACAUUUUCCGUUCUUUCCGGAUGGAGGAGUGUGCCCCAGGGGGCUGCCUGAUGGAGCUCUGUAUCCAGCUCAGCAUCAUCAUGCUGGGCAAGCAGCUCAUUCAAAACAACCUGUUUGAGAUCGGCAUCCCGAAAAUGAAGAAGUUCAUCCGCUACCUGAGGCUCAGGCGCCAGAGCCCCCCCGACCACGACGAGUACGGGAAGAAGAGGCAGCGCUACGAGGCGGAUUACACGCUGGAGCCUUUCGCCGGCCUCACCCCCGAGUACAUGGAGAUGAUAAUCCAGUUUGGCUUUGUCACCUUGUUCGUCGCGUCCUUCCCCCUGGCCCCACUGUUCGCGCUGCUGAAUAACAUCAUCGAGAUCCGCCUGGAUGCCAAAAAGUUUGUCACCGAGCUCCGCAGGCCGGUGGCUGUCAGAGCCAAAGACAUCGGAAUCUGGUACAAUAUUCUCCGAGGUGUCGGGAAGCUGGCGGUCAUCAUCAACGCGUUCGUGAUCUCCUUCACGUCCGACUUCAUCCCUCGCCUGGUGUACCUGUACAUGUACAGCCAGAACGGGACCAUGCACGGCUUCGUCAACCACACCCUCUCCUCCUUCAACGUCAGUGACUUCCAGAACGGCACGGCCCCCAACGACCCCCUGGAUCUGGGCUACGAGGUGCAGAUCUGCAGGUACAAGGACUACCGGGAGCCCCCGUGGUCGGAGCACAAGUACGACAUUUCCAAGGACUUCUGGGCCGUGCUGGCAGCCCGGCUGGCCUUUGUCAUUGUCUUCCAGAACCUGGUCAUGUUCAUGAGUGACUUUGUGGACUGGGUCAUCCCAGACAUCCCCAAGGACAUCAGCCAGCAGAUCCACAAGGAGAAGGUCCUCAUGGUGGAGCUGUUCAUGAGGGAGGAGCAGGGCAAGCAGCGGCUGCUGGGCACGUGGAUGGAGAAGGACCGGAAGAAGGAUGAGCCCUGCAACAGUCACGGCCCCAAAGCCGGCCUGGACAGCCCCGAGUACCCCGGGGGCGCCCUGUAGCCGCCCCUGGCCUCCAGGCCGCCGGGCCCCGGGGCUCCUGUGUUCGCGGAGAACCUGGAAGCCCACCUUCUGAUAGGACAACCUCUUCCUGUCUUCUUCUUCUGUUUUUUUUUUUUUCUCCUCGUUUUUGCACAAAACUGUUACGCAGGGAAUUUUUUUUAUCUUUAGUAUUCAAGGAUAAUCAAAAUGAUCGCUGGGGAUAGGGUGAUAACACGCGGGAAUGCGGGCGCUUUGCAGAAACACUUCUUGGGGACCGUGGGUUUCCUUUGCAGCGGAACGUGAGCAGAGGCCUCCAGAAAGCGUCUUUUCUAACCCCGCCUGAUGCCUUUAGAGAGGUGAAAAGGUGUCCCAAAGCAUCGGGGCAAACGCCGUGCGGUACUGGAGGGAGAAUGGAAAAAUGAGCUUGACGCCAGUCCCAGAAGGCAUCACCUGCCUCCGGGUCGGAAAAGUCCGACGGCUUUUCAUCUUCUGUUUCCGGUUAGUUCAGAAACCGAGUCACUGUGGCCAGAAAGAGGUGCCUGUGAGUUUAGAAUUUGCUCUUGGAGCACAGCAGGGCUCGGGUGUCCCCGAGGAAGGUGACCCGCACCUCCGGGGUCCCCACCCCCACCGCCAGCCACACACCUGCCCCACCACCACGAGCCGGCCUCAGAACGGUCCUCUUGGUGGGACAGAAAGAAAAAGAAAAGAAAAGAAAACCGGGUCGACAGGAAAACGAGCAGAGAGAGAGGACCUCGGAGGCAUUUCUAAAGACGGCUUCAGGUUUCAAGACGUCUUAAGGCAUCGGGAAAACAUUUACAGCUUUAGAAUAUUUAUUGGGUUUUUAAUCAAUUCUAUGGUGGAUGUGAGGGUUUUUUCUGUAGCUCAAACGUGGAAGGAGUUUAUUAGUUAACCAGAUAUCAUUGAGAGGAAUUUAAAAUACUGUUACUACCAAAGAUUUUUAUUAAUAAAGCCUUCUAUUUUGGUAA